AGUGUAAUGUUUCUAUGUGGACUAUAUAGGCUCUGUUCGUUCCAACUACCCUGGUUCGUGUCAUUUGUGCAUCAGGGACAAUUCUCAGAGUCAGAAGCCUUAAGGAUCUGUUUCUUUCUCUCUUGCUUUCCGUCUCCGUCUCCAUCUCCAUUGCCUCAUGUCUCCUCGCGAGCUCAAGUGCAAUGGAAAUGCGAGUGUUUCGUGCACACAACCAGGGAAUGGAUUUAUGGAUCUACUUUCUGCGUGUAAUUCAGAGAGAGCAGUCCAGGAACUUAUUCAACAACCUCCUGUGGAGGGAAUUGAUGACCAUCUUAUAGAGUUCUCAGAAGCUCUGAGAACUGUUGCAAAGGCUUUAAGACGAGUUGCUGAAGCAAAGGCUGCAGCUCAGGCUGAGGCAGCUGAGUGGAAGCGUAAAUAUGAAUUGGAGAGGGAAAGGAACCUACGGAUGGAGCAAAGAGGUAAUGAAAUUUGUCCAAGGAUUCAAAGUUGGUGGACUUGGGCUUCUCCAAAUAAUACAAUGGCAAUGAUAAAAGCAGUUUUUCCAUGUUUUGUCUGCUGGGAAAUUUGGAGGGAACAGAAUAGGUGUACAUUUGAAGGGCCUUUAUGUGACAAGCGCAGUGAUGAGUUUGAUGGCAAUGGGGAAGAAAACUUGGUGAACCAUCCUGUAUCAUGUCAUCGAGCCAAUGAGCAAUCUGAAGGGUGUUGUGGAAAACAUGGAAUUUGUUCCCAUGAGGUUCUUCGGGAUGGGGAGGCUGAUUCUGGGUCUGAGGUGGUUCAGCAUAGGAUUAGGAGAAAGGCCUCAUUUAAACUUUCAUGGGAGAGCAAAGGUGAGAAAAGUGAUCAGCAUAAGCAUGACGUUGUCUCUUUUGAAAGAGGAAAUAUAACAACUGCAGAGCGCAGCAGUAAACAGAUUUCUUUGAAGUGGCAAUCUCCCCCACAGACUGUGCUUAUUUUGACCAAACCAAAUUCAACUUCUGUUCGAAUUUUAUGUGCAGAAAUGGUCAGAUGGUUGAAAGAGCAGAAGAAGUUAGAAAUUUUUGUGGAACCACGUGUGAGAGUUGAACUGCUAACAGAAUCAGCUUACUUCAAUUCUGUGCAAACUUGGAAGGAUGACAAGGAAAUAUUGCUCCUGCACAGGAAAGUUGAUCUUGUUGUAACUCUUGGUGGGGAUGGAACAGUUCUUUGGGCGGCAUCAAUGUUCAAAGGGCCAGUUCCUCCUGUCGUCCCAUUUUCUCUAGGGUCUCUGGGCUUCAUGACCCCAUUUCACAGCGAACAUUAUAGAGAAUAUCUUGAUUCAAUCCUGAGGGGUCCCAUUAGUAUCACGUUACGGCACCGGCUGCAGUGCCAUGUUAUUCGAGAAGCUGCCAAAACUGAAUAUGAGACUGAAGAACCUAUCCUUGUUUUAAAUGAGGUUACAAUUGAUCGUGGAAUAUCAUCGUUCCUCACAAACUUGGAAUGCUAUUGUGACGACUACUUUGUAACAUGCGUGCAAGGGGAUGGAUUGAUCUUAUCAACUACAUCUGGGAGCACUGCUUAUUCGUUGGCAGCUGGAGGUUCAAUGGUCCAUCCACAGGUUCCAGGCAUUCUUUUUACACCAAUCUGCCCUCAUUCCUUGUCCUUUCGGCCUCUGAUACUACCGGAGUAUGUGACCUUGAGAGUGCAAGUGCCAUUCAAUAGCAGAAGUAAUGCGUGGGCGUCAUUCGAUGGGAAGGACAGAAAACAGUUAGCACCUGGGGAUGCACUUGUCUGCAGCAUGGCUCCAUGGCCUGUGCCUACUGCUUGUCAAGUUGAUUCCACCAAUGACUUCUUGCGCAGCAUCCAUGAUGGCCUCCAUUGGAACCUGAGGAAGACCCAGUCCUUUGAUGGCCUUCGAGAUCCAUAAUAUUUUUUGUUCAUUUUCGGAAGAAAGUAAUUAUACUCAAGUCAGAAUUACUAUCUGAUUGCAUCUGAGACAUCCAAGUGUUGUUGUAGGGAAUUAAUUUUAAAAAAUAGCAUUUGAUCAUUUCCCUUUUAUGAAUGAAUUGUAGUGGAGCUGUAUUUAGUUGUUCUACCUAAGAUCAGGAAAACGUUUAGGCAUCAAUACUGUUUCUUGCUUCAGAAAUUUGUAUUACUAGACGGAAUAACCAAACAGCAGAAUUAUAUUUUUUCAAUGUAUAGAUAUAUGGUUUCUAGCUC